AAAAAAGAUUAAGAUAAGAAUAAUUGUAAAAAUAAUUAUGAAUCGAUCAUCAUAAGAAGGACGUUUAAUUUCCUUACGUUUCAAAAUAAACGAAUGUGUAUACGAUUUAUAACAAUAUUGACAGAAAUUUUGCAACAUAUUAUGAAGACGAGUUUCCGAUGGAUACAAUAUUUUUAUAUUUGGAGAUAAUCCUGAAUGAAAGUUUAUAGUAAAUGCUAAUUAUAGUGUAGAAUAAAUACGGAGAUCAAAAAGCAACGUUGCAAUAUUGCUAAAGCUAUUGGAUUUCAUUCGAAAUUUUGUCAAAUAUACUACAUCGUUUAUAUAUACUAGAUAAGCAUCAUGGAUAUAGGAACACUGAUAUUUAUUGAUAAAAAUGAAUAAAGAUGCACAUCCAGCUGGCUUUAUUCCACCCCCUGCUUAUCAUGUAAGUGGUGCAUCACCAGUACCGCCAAUGAUGCAACCGCCACAUCAGAACGUAGUAAUUGUAGGAGGUGGCUCCUUUGGAUCAGAUACACAAGUAAUGACAUGUCCAUAUUGUCAAAGUAGCAUAUCCACUCGUGUGGAGAGUGAAGCAAGUACAAAAACGCAUUUAUUCGCUCUGAUACUUUGUCUUACGGGAUUCUGGUGUUGCGCACCCAUGCCUUACUGUAUGGAUACUUGUUUAGUAAAGAAGCAUUAUUGUCCAUCAUGUAAGGCUUUCCUAGGACAAUCUAACAAUUGAUUCACCUUAUCAGUACAAAAAUACACGCUGUUCUUCCUUCAUUCGUUCGUUCGGUUAUUAACAUAUCUACUUUGUGAUCAAGAAUGAUUUUUUUUUUUUUUUAU